AUGGACCAAAAUUUACCAAAUCUGCAAGUUCAGGACAGGAAAAGGUAUAAAAGAUGGUCUCCAACUAAAGAACAGGUGGCCUUAUUAAAGGCAUUAUUCGUGCACGGGAUAAGAAACCCGAAUAGAGAACAAGCAAACAAAAUUGCAGAAAAACUUAGGGUUUAUGGGGAGGUCAGGGAAUUUAGUGUCCAACACUGGUUUCAGAACUAUGGAUACCGCUACAGACAGAAACGCCGGAAGCGCAGCACAACUACCAUAUCCUACUCCCCUAUACCCCUUCUUUUGGAUGAUUUAUUAAGGACAUUGCCGCCAGUGCCAGAUCGAGUGACACUCGAUCUCUUUCCAAUCCCACAUGUUCCAGACAAAGCUGAGGUCCCUCCCGUCCUUCGGUACCAGGAGAAGCCUCCUUCUGUCGAACUCACCUUGCAACUGCCCUCGGCCGACGAAUAG